AUGUCUAUCGCCCGUCUCCCCGACGCCGCCACCCGUCAACUAUGUGCCACGCUCGUUCUGGUUUCUCCCUCUUCCGCUGUCAAAGAACUACUUGAUAACGCACUUGAUGCAGGGGCCACUGCGGUCGAAGUGCUCAUAUCUGCCAAUACCCUCGGUAGAAUUCAGGUCCGUGACAAUGGCCACGGAAUAGCACCAGAAGAUAUCAAGGGUGUGGGCCGCCCUGGCCAUACAAGCAAGCUGCGGUCUUUCGAGGAAUUGCAAUUCAAAGGUGGCAAGACUUUGGGCUUUCGAGGAAGCGCAUUGUCAAGCGCAGCCUGCAUCUCCAAAGUCGUCAUCACCACCAGAACAGCACAGGAUAAGGUCGCAAGCGCCUUCAUAUUGGGCUCCUCCUCGGGCGAUUCCGUAGUACCCAAAACUGUUUCGGCACCCGUGGGCACUACGGUCGAGUUGAGCAAUUUAUACAGCGAUUUCCCUGUCCGUCGAAAGGUGUUCUUCAAGGAAGCCCCAAAGUCGAUCGCCAGCAUCAAGACCCUACUGCAGGCGUACGCCCUGGCGAGACCAGAGACAAAACUAACAUUCAAGGUCCUUGGUGGCGAGAAGUCUGCAUGGUCGUAUGCACCCCGCGAGAGGUUCAAUCCGCGGGAAGCUGCACUCCAGAUGUUUGGCGUAAGCUUGGCCAGCCAGUACGUUGAGAGGACCAUCUCGACAGAGCUACUGGACUCGACAGCGUCAACAACCACGCCUCCCAAUAAGGGAGAAAAGGACGAGUCCGGUCCCAAUAGCAUUAUUAUUCGAGCACUGCUGCCGAAACCUGAUGCAGAUCAUGCAAAGAUAGCUGGCAAAGGCGCCUACGUCUCUGUCGAUUCCCGACCAAUGGGCAGAGAUAGGGGCAUUUUUAAAAAGUUAGUCAAGAUCAUCAACAAUUUCUUCCAAAAGGCGAGCAACUGCACGACAAGAGAUAUGUUCCUAUACGUAGAUAUAAAAUGUACGGCAGGAAUCUACGACCUCAACAUCUCGCCUGCCAAAGAUGAAGUGGUUUUCACGAGCGAGCAGACGGUCCUCGACCUCAUCAACAAUUUAUGUCUCGAUUUGUACACCCCUCACGAAUAUUCGAGCGACAACAAAUCGCCGAAUCAAACAGAAUGUUCGCGCUACUCACCAAUGCUGGUUCUGUCACAGAAGAAUACGAGGGAUUGGCCUGGUGCAAGCCACGUUAACCUGCGGACCCCUGAGAGUCCCCUCCUUACGGACGAAUACGAGAUGGAUCUUGAGGAUCACGAAAGGCUCCAGCAAGCUGUGGACAGCACACUUCCGAAUGCCCCAGGUACUCUGCCCCAGGGGUUUUCUGGUGCUGCUACCAUUAUUGAUGAUGGUGGUUCAGGGUUACGCCAAAGUCUGCCACAGAGGGCCAGGAGCAGCGUCAUGAUGGAAGUUGAUCCCCGGCGGUACUGGAUCAAGAGACAACGGUCCAUGGCGUUGUCCGGUCGCAAGACGCCAAGGAGACUUCAAUCAGAUCGGUUGCCCCUUGAGACCGCGACCGAGAACGCGGCCAGUCUGCAGCUACAAAUAAAGGCACUCAACUUGGAGGCUCUGGCUCAAGACAUAGUCUUUUUUGAACCUGUCGACUCAUACAUCACGCAGGGCGAUAUCGAGUUUGGGCUGCCCAGAACACACGCGGAGAAGGAGUACACCGAGCAUAGACUUCAGGAGGUGGUCGCAGACUGGCUGCAGUGUGCCUAUGGGACCGAGAUGCAGCUAGAGCUGAAUCUUUAG